GAGGCUGUAAAUAGAGGGUAUUAAAAUGGUUUUUGGCAGCAAACACUUCAAACUCAGUAGCAGAGCUGUGGUUUCCUCCUCCCUCACUCUCAAUUUCAAAAUAAUUAUGAACUGUACCGAUUUAAGUUAUAUUCACAUAUACAUCCCCAUACUCCACAGUGGGGUGAGUUCAUCCAAAUUACACACACACUAAACGUUGGCAAUUGAACAUCCAAUACGAUUUCCCUUUGAUAUUGGCGUAUCAUAGUGGGCUGUUUUAAUCAUAAUUAAACCUACAGUAACAAAGUGAAAGGAUUUAUUUUCCAAAAUAUUUGUAUGUUGAAUUUGUUGUACUCUGCAGUCUACCUAAAGCAGUUCGACAACAAUUCCCCAGGAAAUGUGGGUCGUAAUAUUCAAAAUGUCUCAAUGACAUUGAAUACUGCAUAAGCGACGGUCGCAUCUUCAGGCAAUAUCUAUUAACUUUACAUUUUUAAAACUGUCACCCCUGUUUGUGUAGUUUUAUCCGAUUUGAUUGACCGUGACAAGACAAUCCUUUUUUUAAUCAACCCACUCCAUUAAGUUAGGUUAGGGUUAUGGUUAAUGUUUGUCUGACAUCGGCUCAGCUGUUUCUAGGUUGAAAAACAAUGGAGCCAAUGAUCUGCUGAAGGACAAAUAAUUAGCUAAUCAUCAUCGGGGGACAGGACUUACUUAAUUGCGGCAGUUUUGUCCAACAUUUUCUCAGCCCUUCUGCGCACUUUGGCUAAUAUCAGACCGAGCUGUCCCUUGUUACACGCAAAAUCUGAAUUUUGUCCACGCAUACAUUUUGACUUAAAAUGUCAUUAGAUUCAGGCGCUUAUGUAUUUGAUUUGCUGUUAUCCAGCUGAUUCGGUGUCGUCAAGGACAAAAAACAGAUAGGAUCAUUCAAAUAAGGACUCUGGGUAAGAUAUUUUCUUUUAUAUAUAGCCCUCGACACGUAUUUUCGUCCCUUCCAUUGUUGUAUGUUGAAUGACACACACACACACACACACACACCAAACACAGGCCGUCACUAAAUGCCUUCAGUCAGGCAGAUGGGGAUUCAAAAUGGCUGACAGUUGGCCGUGUGUGUGUGUGGAGAACAGAGCGGAGUGUUUUGUGUUAACGAAGUUGGCAGCGUCCCAGUGUCGGAUCCAUACAGAAGUCAAAUAAAGACUGCUGUGUUCAGCUGAGGAGUCAGAGAGAGGAACAGAGGACUCACAUGUGCAUCACCACUCCUCCAUGCGGCCAUCUUGAAGGGCGACGGCACAGAAAUCUGCAUUCAGACGUCAGCAGAAUGAGCGGGAAACUGAGCGCCUUACAUGUUCUUUUGAAAAACUGCUUGCCUAAAUUAACUGUUUUAUCCACAUAAAUAUGCAGUUUUUUUAAACUUGUAUUAUUUCUAUUGAUUUCAGAACUUUUUCUAACACAGGCCUGUUCAACACUGCAUUGUGCUUCGUUUUUGCGGGACUUGAGAUUGCAAUGACAUAAAACAAUAAUGGACCCACUUCUGCUUUUCGACUGUCUAGAAGUGUAAUGCUACUUUCACCUGUGACGCUUAUGGAGCACAAUAACUUGCCACUGCAAAGACUGCUUGUCACUAAACGUAGACAUAGGUCACAUCAAAUGUUAAAAACAAUGACUAAUGCUGUCAUAGUGCACGAUGUAUUUCAAAACUGCUUCCAAACUGUAUGGGUCAAGUUUCUUUAAAAUCGGCCAGAUGUUUUUAUGUAAUCCUGCCGAAGGAUAAACAAUUCUUCAUGUAUUUUAUACCUCAAUGUGCUCGUUCUUACCCUUCCUCAUCUCCCCCCCCCCCCUCUUCCUGCAGCCAUGUCCGGAGGCCUCCAGGGUCAGAGCGCCUCCUCCGUCAGCUCUGAGAUCAAGUCGGAGGACGAGGGAGACGAGAACCUCCACCAUGACAGCAAGUCCCUGGACACCAAGAAGGAGGACGGGGACAGCAAGGACCUGAAGUCCAUUGAGAGCAACGCAGACGACGAGGACUUGUCUCCGGAGCAGAAGAUGGAGAGAGAAAGGGAACGAAGGAUGGCCAACAAUGCGCGGGAACGUCUACGCGUCCGCGACAUCAACGAGGCGUUCAAGGAGCUGGGAAAAAUGGUGCAGCUGCACCUGAAGAGCGACAAACCUCAGACUAAGUUACUGAUACUGCACCAGGCCGUGGCCGUCAUCCUCAGUUUGGAGCAACAAGUCCGAGAGCGAAACCUGAAUCCCAAAGCGGCGUGUCUGAAGCGCCGCGAGGAGGAGAAGGGCUCCAUGUCCUCGGACGGCGCUUCGCUCUCAUUGGCCGCCGCUCACCACGCCGCCGCCACCAUGGGCGAUGGGUCCAACCCCCUGGGACAAAUGUCAAAGGUGCCAGAGUUCAUCAAGAUGAUGAGUGACCACUUCCUCUGACAGCGUUUCCCUGCAAUCGAUCAACCACGUUGUUGCUUAAGCCUGAUCAAUCAGAUUCUCUUGAUCUUCGGUCUGACCAAUCAGAUCCUUCUCUCCUCUUGUCUGUCUCUUAUCCUGCUCUUCACCUUCGUCUUCUUCUUCUUUCGGGAAAACGAACUACAGCGUCACGUUAGUCGCUUUUGUCACUUUGCAUCUCCGGCCGAAGUGAACUAGAUGCUACUUUGUGGAGACGUUCAAUGGCCGCCGUAAAAACAUGGCUGCUGCAAAAUGGCCGUCUGUGGGAUCUUCUGACACAAAGUGACAGCAAUGGACAAACUUCUUUGGAAUCACAUCAUCCGAGAAAUUCUUCUUCUUGUACUUCUUGUUUUAUCAGCAUUCCCAGUUUUAAUGAACAAAAUGGUUCUAUAUAUAGUAUAUAUAUAUAUAUACGACAAAAAGGACAAAAAAGGACAAAGAACUUGUCAAAAAAAGGGCAACUGGACGCAGGGAGUUUGGAGGGUUUGUGUUGGAGCAAGUUAUUCAGAACGGAGCAAAACAUAUCACAAAGUGUUAAAGAAUUUUUGUUUUCUUUAAAGCAACAUUGCGCAGCUGUUCUUGAAUGCAGCGCGUCUCUGACUGAAUGGCAAUCUAACGCCACACUGUGGAUUAAGCUGUGCCUGAUCUCGUCUUGGAUGCCAACCAUUCAGAUAGAAACACACGGAGAAGCAAAGCAAGAGAAAUUAAAAAAGAACCGGAAAAUCCAGAUGGAAUCACAGAAGCAAGCGGCCCACUCAUACAUCCCCUUACUAGCCACACAUCACAGAUUAAAGAACAAUGUAAACAAUAUUAGGUCCUGAUAUGCCGUGUCAUUCAAGCAGAAAUUAAGUUUGCAAGCGCUUUUUGACUAUCAUAGAUAACUAGAAUCAAACGGGGCUAAACAGCAAAAACAUGGGCAACUCGUUAUUCCCCUUCUAAUGCAUUCCCUCCUAACCUACUAACAUUCACCUUAGAUUAAAAAAAAACGUGAACGUGUUUAUGUAUUUUUUAGCAGUGUUGACAAGUUGACUUUGUUUACGAAACAACUAAAUUGUACUUCAAACCUUUUAGGAGGACCACCAUUUCAAAAAGGCUGAACAGUUUUGUAGAGUGUAUUUUCUGGAAGGAAGACAAUACUUAAAGAAUCAGUCAGUUAUUCAAUCAAUCAGUGAGGGACUCCAGGCGGACCGGGGUGUUUAAAUUAUUAGAGGUAGAGGAAUUACAGUAAUUAAAAAAGAAGAAAGAAGCAUGCAGUAAUAAAGAACUUUACUCUUAGACGUGGCAGGAAGAAAAUACUUCUAUUGACAUCUUUGUUAAGGAUUGUUGGGGUCUUUGAGGCCAGAACGAAAGAGUAGGAAACACACCUUUGUUAGAUAUUCGUCAACAUGUGCAGAG